CUAGUAAGUUCCGUGUUUGAGCUUUUCUGUGCUGAUAGUGCAGUAUAGGACCGGAGUCAGAGUAAUUUUCAAAAGUUUGAAUUUAUUUUGAUUGAAAAAAGUUCACGACUGCAGCUGGAAAUAUUGUGGUAUCGAUUAUGGAUACCUCAUCAGCAGCUGGAGUUCUUCAUCCUUACUGGCCACGGAACCUAUUGAUUCCCACCUAUAUUCCCAAUGACCGAUCUAUGUCAGAGAUCCUGGUGUUCCUGUUUUCUGUGUCUGGGGGGUUUCUGCUUGUCACCUGGCUGCUGACUGGCUGGAAGGGGGCUGCAGGCAGGCUGGGGACGUGGAGGCGUCUGGCUGUGUGCUGGUUUGCUGUUUGUGGAUUCAUUCAUAGCGUCAUUGAGGGCUGGUUCUCUCUGUACUAUGACAUUAUUCCUGGAGACCAGAGCUUUUUGUCUCAACUCUGGAAGGAGUACUCCAAAGGUGACAGUCGAUAUGUUAUAGCUGAUAACUUCACUGUCUGUAUGGAGACAGUGACAGCAUGGUUAUGGGGUCCCCUCAGCUUCUGGACUGUAAUCGCCUUUCUAACAAACAAACCCUACAGAUUUGUUCUGCAGCUCAUCAUUUCAUUAGGUCAGCUGUACGGAGCGGUGCUUUACUUUUUCACAGAGCACAGAGAUGGUUACACCCACAGUGAACUGGGACACCCAGUCUACUUCUGGUUCUACUUUGUGUUCAUGAAUUUCCUGUGGAUUGUCAUACCGCUGUUGCUCAUCGUAGAUGCGUGGAGACAGCUGACAGCAGCCCAGACACACACAGACAGCACAAAAUCACAAAAGGCCAAGAAGAAGUGACCGUGGGUCCUUAGAGAAACACCAUCUACAGGGAAUAAAAGAGAGGAAACAAUACACACACACAGGAAAAUCUACUCUACUUGUCUGGAGCUAGUUCUGCUUUAUUAUGGGCCUUUGAAUUAUAAUAGCAGUAAUUGUCAGUAAAUUUGAGGAUUUCAUUUUUAAACGUCUCUUUUUUGAAUUGUAAACAAUAAAAUACACAUUCUGCUUUCUUAAAA